CCUGUAAAAUCAGACUUUUGAACAUCACAUUCAACGAUACAUAAGACAAAAACCAAAUAGGAUGCUUCUGAUUGUGCUUGUUUUCUUAUAUAUUAUUCUUCAUAUAACUUGAAACUGAAAGCGCUUCCUCAUUCUGAUCGGAAAAGGGUCACUUCGCUUUACUGUUUUAGCGACGAGAAGAGAGACUGAAAACAGAUGUGUUACUGUUCAACAGAGACUACAAACAUCAAUCAAAGCUUUACUGUUUGAUUCCUUUCCAGGUCGGAGCCAAUGCGUUGCCGGAGACACCUCUCUUUAAUAAUGGAGGAUGAGGACGAACGCCUGUGAUCUGCUUAUCUCUUUGUUUUUGCUUGAGAUUUUAUUAUAAUUAAGGUACUAAUUCUCAAUAUGGUGAAAGAUAAGAAAGAUAUUAGGCCUGUUUUAGUGAAACUGGGGGUGGCUUUAGCUCUUUCUUUUGCUGGAUUCUUGUAUUCUCGCAUAAAGUGCAGAAGGCCUAUAUUUUCUCAGCCUCCUUGCUCACCAAACUCUUCAGAUCAUGUUAGUGAAGUUGAUGAAGGAGGAAGGGAUGCAAUGAAGAAAACACCCAGUUUGAGUUCAGUAGAACAAGAUGAAGAUACACAGAUAGUCAAGGUUGCUGCUGAUAAUCCCAUUUCUCCAAGCUGUAGACAAAGUGGGGAAAAAGAUGAAUACCUCUUGCCAGAAUUUAAUGAUCUUGUGGAAGAAUUUGACUUCACUGCCAUUAGUACUGGGAUGUCUUCGAAGGACCUAGAAACACCCAAGUCAUAUGUGGGAACAACAAGAGAAUUUAAAAACGUGGAAAAUGAUGCUUAUGAACAAGAGAUUAGACAUCUGAAUAACAUGGUUAGAAUGCUCCAAGAAAGAGAAAAGAACCUUGAGAUCCAGUUACUUGAGUUUUAUGGCAUUAAAGAGCAACAAACAGCCGUGAUAGAGUUGCAGAACCGUCUGAAACUAAACAAUAUGGAAGCCAAGCUUUUCAAUCUCAAGAUUGAGUCCUUACAGACAGAAAACCAAAGACUUAAGGCCCAAGCUGCUGAUCAUGCGAAAAUAAUUUCUGAGCUUGAUUCUGCAAAAGCAAAAAUUAAAUUCCUGAGGAAGAUGCUAAGGUCUGAAGCGGAGCAGAGCAAGGAACAGAUCUUAACCCUUAAGAAAAGAGUAACUAGGUUGCAAGAGCAAGAACUUGAGGGCGCUGCAACUGAUUCAGAGAUUCAAUUAAAGUUGGAAAAGAUGAAGGAUUUGGAGGCUGAGGCAGAACAGUUAAGGGAGUCUAACUUUAGAUUGCAGCUAGAAAAUUCUGAAUUGGGUUGUCAGUUGGAGUCCACCCAAAUUCUUGCAAAUUCUGUUCUUGAAGAUCCUGAAGCAGAAGAACUAAGAGAACUUAGCAACCGUCUAAGACAGGAAAAUGGAGUCUUGGCAAAGGAAGUUGAGCGACUUCAAGCAGACCGAUGUACUGAUGUUGAAGAAUUAGUCUAUCUCCGAUGGAUAAAUGCAUGCUUGAGAUAUGAAUUACGCAAUUUUCAGCCUCCACAUGGCAAAACAGUUGCAAGAGAUCUUAGCAAGUCCCUCAGUCCUGAGUCUGAGCUGAAAGCGAAACAGCUAAUACUUGAAUAUGCAAAUACUGAAGGGAUGGGGGAGAACGAGAUCGACAUUUUGGAUUUUGAGUCUGACCAAUGGUCAUCCUCACACACUUCUUAUAUUGCAGACCCAGUGGACUUUAAUGAUUCUUCAGGUUCACCAAAAAACAACAUAAGCAAAAUCAAAAUUUUCAGCAAGCUAAGGAGACUUAUUCGGGGAAAAGACAUUCAGCAUCAUGAUCAUCGGGCAUCAGCAGGCAAAACUGGGAGAGAAGAAGAUUCUGAUUCUCCGGCUGGAAGUUCAAGUAUUUCAACAAUAACUGAUGCUGCAGGUGAUCAGCAAUUCAACAGAUAUCAAAGUCUGACUGUAGAUCUAUCUAGGCACUUAUCUAGACAUUCUGAAGAUAUCCAAAGUCUGAAGAUUGCAAAGAAUAUUGAACUUGGUAGGAGAAAUAGUCACUCCGGAUCCUUUUAUAGGCAUAGGAGAUAUUUGUCAGGUAGGAUAACUGCUACUGAUUUGUCACCAGAAGACCAAGACCCAAAUUCCAUUGAGAAAUAUGAAUUGUUGAAGAUGGCCGAAGUUCUGAAGGACUCUAGAAGAGGAAAGUUUCAUAGAAAAGCAACUUCACUUGGUUCAUUUGAGGCUUUUCAAACACAAUAAUAAUCUCACUUCAUUGCUUCUUCAUGUAUACUUUUGGUCAGUGUAAAUACAUCAGGUUCAUACCAUAGAAACUAAUUGCCCAAAAAGGAAGCAUCGUAAAUGAAUGAUAAAAUGUUUUACCAGCUUAA